AUGCCACUGGUUCCUAUGUAUCCACAGGAUACUGUAAGGGAGACAAUCAAGUCCCGCUUUACGUCGGAACUGUUCUCUAUCCCAGAUUUGAGGCCUUUCUUUUCGCAUGUUCCCGGGUAUAUAAACCCAUUCUACGAACAAGUGAAGCCAAUACUUGAACAAAGAAUUGAUUGCCUGUAUCUUCCUCCACGAGCGCAAGCCUUGAAGAAGGCCGAUUAUGCUCUGUUUACCGCUAGGUGGUGGCCCCAAGCAACACCUGACAGGCUGCAAACUUUAGCAUUCUUCAGUUUAUGGUUAUUCACCUGGGACGAUAAGAUUGAUGACACUGAUGGGCCUCUUCACAAAGAUAUUGUUGGUGCUCAUCGAUAUCGCGAGGAGACAAUCAACUUUACCCGCUACACUCUAGGUUUGCCGGUCAACGAGACAGAAACAGAUUCUAGUGUGCGUUUUGCUCCUUUGGAUGGCCUCGUUCGCAGCUUUGAUGUGGUGGGAAAGGAAAUACAGGCCGUGUAUACCCAGGAACAACUAGAGAUUUUCGCAAAUGAGCUCGAAGACUUUGUGCGCUGUGUGGGUCGUGAGCAAACAGUGAGGUUGAGUGGGCGUAUACCCAACACAGAAGAAUUCUGGCAAAUCAGGAUGGGGUCAAGCGGAACCGGGACAUUACUGGCUUUGAAUGAGUACAGCUGCAGCACGCAUAUCCCUCAAUCUAUUAUGACUCAUCCGGAGAUGAGAACUUUGUGGGAUGAGGUCGUGAUAAACGUUGCUAUUGCCAAUGAUAUACUUUCUUUGAAGAAAGAAAUCGGGAGUGUGGACAAUAUUAUUUCUGUCAAGGUAAAUGAUCAAGACAUCUCGAUUCAGGAUGCCAUUUGUCAGGCGAAGGAUGACCUACUUCUCAACAUCAAGCGAUUUGACCAAGCUGCCGAAGUCCUGAUCACCGACACAACCUUCCACCCGUCCCCAGAUCACAAGCAGGGACUGUUAUCUAUCGUUGAAGAAUGUCGACACAACAUCUCUGCAAAUAUUGAUUGGAGUUACACUACGUCGAGGUACGGUCUUCGGGAUAUACCCCAAGAUAGCGCAGGAUGGAUGCACAUUGAGGUCUAG